CAUAGAUGCUACACUGUGAGAUGGUAACAUAUCGGGGAAGUCAUGUUGUUUUAAGGGUGACUGUGUUUACACAAAUGCUGCACUGUGAGAUGGUAUCCAUGGAGAAAUGCUCCACAGACUGGUGUCCAUUGCCUGUCUGAGUCAGACAUUGUAUUCAGUGUCACGUGUGAUACAGUGUAGGAAAUUCACCAGCCGCUACUUCGAUACACAUCAUUGUCUGAUGUAAAGGAUUUUGUGUUUUUCAUUUAGACUUCAUAAUGUGAGUUUUACAGGUCUGAUAGAUGAGGGUCAGAAAGAAAAAGCAGUGAUUGAUAUUAUGAGCAACGUCCUACGGCGUCGAGUACGACGAUACACAGUCGUCCAAUCCACAGAACCUUACCACCCGAUGUAAUUUAUUUGCAUCGGAGGACAGGCAAUAAAGUGCUGAUAAUCUGGGUAAUGCAGAAGGCUGCAUUGUUGGGAAGUCUUCACGUUCUCCGAAACGUUCUAGGCGGGUUCGACUAGGCAGGGCCUCAUGGGAGAAGUCCUAUUCGCUGUCUGGGCUGCGCGUAGAGGGGACUGAGCUUAUGAUGAGCCUAGCAAGCCUGAUACUGCCAGGGACACCCGACCCUCCUUUGCUGAACUAUAACAACAGAAAUAAAACCAUCAUUAAAGAUAAUUAUAAAUUCUGGCCUGAUGCAAACCUAAUGAAACUUUUAGUCACGUCACGGUAGUCGAAACCUGAGGCGGAAAGUGGGCAGAAAUCCGCUUUGAAUCAUCACGUUGCAAUAAAUGUGUUGAAAUAAACGCUAGUAGAUUCAAAUUCGCUCAGCCUGGAUGACAUAGGUUGGACAAUACGUGGACAGUUUACACUUUGAUGAAUCUCACACUAUGCGACCCUCGUGGUGGUGUAUACAAUGUGUUGUCUGCAGUAUAGUGACCGACAGCUGUACGGGGGCUACACCUGCUGUAGGCGUCUAUGCUCGCCUUGGAGGACCUGUGACUGUUACCUGGGCCAUGUCUCCCAUCAAGGAGCUCAAGGUGAUGAAGGAAUACAGGGUACUGUUUCAGAUAACUGGCAGCAAUAAAGUAACAGUUGCUGAUAAGGAACUGAGGACCAGGAUUAAAGGCGACUCAGUGUCCUACACACGUGGAACCUUCAGUUUCCAACUGUAUAACGUGACCCCCGCUGACGCUGGUCAGUACAGCUGUCACCUAGACUCGACACGUCCCCCGUAUAGAAGAACAAGGAUAGCAAACUGUGGACAAACCCUUUAUGUUAUAGGUUUACAAGAUCCUUAUGUCCUAAUUGAACAAGACGUGGAGGACAACAACACUGUGAACCUGACAUGCAACUGUAGACUACGGAUCUAUCCAGAUAGCGUCCCAACUGUGUCAAUCACAUGGAGAGGAAAUGAUGUCAGGCUGUAUAGUGGGGGACAGAAUCACAUGGCGUCAUCUGAGACGUGGAGCUCUGUGUAUGAUAGGAGACAGAUAAACCACACCAGCACCUUGACUAUUCGUGAUGGUUGGCGGGAGAACGACAGAUACAAGUGUCAGGCUGGAGUGGGGGAGAUACAGUCUAUGUGGAGUGAGCAGAUUGUCCUAAUAAAUUGGUCUGAUGAUAACAAGAACUACACUUUGGUGCCUGAAGGAGAGGAUGCCAUGAUGACGUGGAAGAUGCCCUCCCUGGAGAGCGGGUCCUACAUCACGUCGCCCUCUGGUCCACAUUUUAUGUGGACGCUAUCUGAUAAAUGGAACGUUGAGGAUACCUUCACCUCAAGACUGCAGAUCAAGGGAAUUAGUCCUUCAUCUGAAUAUGCCAUUGCACGUCUGUUGCUUCAUAAUGUUACAGCAUCUGACGCUGGCAAAUACCUUUGUGUCAGCGGAUAUCGCCGUGUACCUCAGUGUGGACAUACCUUGAUUGUCUCACGCAAGCCAGGGAAGACGAAUAUCACUGCCGCCGACCUGCCUAGUGUGGGUGAGAACAUAACCUUGACGUGUUCCUCCACGUCCCGGAGUCUUCCACCUGACCACAGUCUCAACAUGGCCUACAUCUGGAGAAGAAACACCACCAGCUUACUGUGUGGAGCCAGGUGCCAAAUGUCAGGCUCCACCUUGACAAUCACUGAUGUCAGAGAGGAGGAUAGUGGGAACUACUCAUGCCAGGGUACAGAGGAGGGUGGACAGGUGUCGCGAUGGAGCAGCGACUUUGUCCUGGAUGUUCAACUACGAAGCAACACGAAUACGCAUACGACCUCUCCUGGCAUUGCCAUUGGCUGUUUAAUAUUGGCUAUCACCUUGCUCGUCAUUGCUGCCGUGGUACUCGUCCGAAACAAGAAUAUCAGAGAACGCUGGAAUCGAAGGUUUUGCAAGUCGCCUAUCACGCCCUCUGACAAUAUAGGUAUGUCAUUCCAAAGCAUAACCUAUGCUGAGUUUGUUGAGGCCAAUAUGCCACAAGCGGGGUCAGCUGCAGGACAGAAGGUAGAUCAAGCGGUCAGAUCGACAUCCCAGAGUUUGAAACAUCAAGCAACCAAGGCACCAGACCUAGGGAAUUUGGACUGUACUGACCCAGAAACUACUUCAGAAUCUGGGAUUGGAGAGAAGAGGAGACAAAUGCGAAACGAAAUCCCUGAAGUGGAUGGAAAUGUGUCAUUUGGGGAACAAGGUAUGACAGUACAUGGUGGUAUCAGUUCAACUGAAGCUCAGUCAGUAAGCUCUCCUAUAGAUUCUCAUCCCGACACAGUGUUGAGAAUCAUAUCUAACUUGGACAAUAUCAUUGCUGAAACAAUGUCCAUUAUCCAACAAAGAGAAGAGAGACAACGCAAUACUGAUAGUGGUAUCAAAAGAGAUACUAUUGAGGCAUACCAGGAGUUGGUGGGGACAGUAUCAUCAGAGAACAGUGAUAUUAUGGCGACACAACUGGACAGUAAAGAACACAUUAUGCAGCUUUCCCUCAAUGAAAAUGGAAACACAGUUGAUGAAACGGAAUGCUUGAUCAUGCCAGGUCAAUGCGAUGACAUAACUGUGUUAUAACUCGACCGCAUCUUUCUGAAUUAGCUCAGCUAACUUGUCAUCUACCUUUAUCUGUGGAUGCAACACGUACAUCGUCUAACAUACCCGUUCUCCUCCGUGAGCCUAUAUAUACAGAGUCAUCUGUUGUGUUCCUGUGCGCCGAAGUAACUGACCACGUGUCCAAUCUGGGGGAAGGGAGUCUGGGACAUUUCCUGAAGAGAGAGCAUAUGUUUAUUUUAACGCUCCAAGACAACUCGUCACAAGGAUGAGGCUCGCCACCCAUCACCCCUACAUAUCCUCUAACUAGACAACCCUUCACAAGGAUGAGGCACGCCCCCUAUCACCUCUACAUAUCCCCUAACUAGACAACCCUUCACAAUAAUGAGGCACGCCACUCGUCACCCCUACAUAUCCCCUAACUAGACAAACCUUCACAAGGAUUAGGCAAGCCCCCUAUUACCUCUACCUAUCCCCUAACUAGACAACACUUCACAAGGAUGAGGCACGCCCCCUAUCACCUCUACAUAUCCCCAAACUAGACAACUCUUCACAAGGAUGAGGCACGCCACCCAUCACCCCUUCAUAUUCCCUAACAAGACAACUCGUCACAAGGAUGAGGCACGCCACCCGUCAACCCUACAUAUUCCCUAACAAGACAACUCGUCACAAGGAUGAGGCACGCCACCCGUCAACCCUACAUAUUCCCUAACAAGACAACCCUUCACAAGGAUGAGGCACGCCACCCAUCACCCCUACAUAUCCCCUCACUAGACACUUCUUCAUAAGGAUGAGGCACGCCACCCAUCACCCCUACAUAUCCCCUAACUAGACAACCCUUCACAAGGAUGAGGCACGCCACCCAUCACCCCUACAUAUCCCUAACAAGACAACUCGUCACAAGGAUGAGGCACGCCACCCGUCAACCCUACAUAUUCCCUAACAAGACAACUCGUCACAAGGAUGAGGCACGCCACCCGUCAACCCUACAUAUUCCCUAACAAGACAACUCGUCACAAGGAUGAGGCACGCCACCCAUCACCCCUACAUAUCCCCUAACCAGACAACUCUUCACAAGGAUGAGGCACGCCACCCAUCACCCCUACAUAUUCCCUAACAAGACAACUCUUCACAAGGAUGAGGGACGCCACCCAUCACCCCUACAUAUCCCCUAACUAGGCACAGUUCUGUGUACUCUGUUUAAAGUGUUCUGUAUUUCAGAUUCAUUGAAUUUCAUAUCGUAUAUAUUCAACAGUGUUAACCUUGUGCAUACCUUAGAUAGAUGACAGAUUGCUUCCGUGUCAGCCAGCGAUGUUGUUGUUGUAUUGCUUCUGUAUUGGUCACAGUGGGAACUUAAUACAAACCUGUACAUAGUUGAUAUAUAUUGUAAUUAUGUUUAAGGCAAAGCCAUUGUGAAUAAUAUGUUAUAUUUUAGAGUAUGAGAUAUUGCUAGGGUGAGAUCAAGCGAUAUCUUCAUAGCAUAUAUCGCUGCAAUGAAAUUCCAUCACAAUGCUUUGCAGACCAUUUUGACGUCAUUGCUUACCAUGACGUCACAAUUAAAUGACAUCACUAA